AUGAAGAAAUAUCUCUCCAAGGCAAGAGAGUACAUAGAGGCAUUCUCCCAGUUCGACAUAGAACACGUAUCGAGAGUAGAGAAUAAAAAGGCGGACGCACUCGCGAAGUUAGCCUCGGCAACCGGUUCGGAAUGGAAAGACACUAUCUAUCUUGAACGCAUAGGAAAACCCUCGUACGAGGAGGACAGAAUUAACUCAGUGGCGUCCGAAUUCAACAAGGACGAUUGGAGAGCGUCCUUAUUCCUAUACCUCCAGGACAGAUCCUUACCAGAAGAUAAUAAGGAGGCUCAAAAGGUGAGGAGGAAAGCGGCAAGAUAUACGUUGAUGGGCCGGGAGCUCUACAGGCGAUCCCUGACAUUGCCCUACCUUCGAUGUUUAAGCAAAGACGAAGGGGAAUACAUACUACGGGAAAUCCACGAAGGAGUAUGCGGUAACCACCUUGCCAGUAGGGCUCUAGCUCACAAAGCUAUGCGACAGGGAUUUUUCUGGCCCACAAUGAAGAAAGACGCGGUUGAGCUCGUCAAAAAAUCGAUAGUUACAGACCACGGGAAGCAGUUCGACAAUGACCGCUUCAAAAAGUUAUGUUCGGAUCUAUCUAUUAAGCUUCUCUUCGCAUCGGUGGCGCACCCGCAGAGCAAUGGACAAGUAGAGAACAUGAAUCGGACGAUUCUGCACGGACAGAGGAUGCGACUCGAAUCCAUGCAAGGUAAAUGGACAAAGGAACUCCUUUCCCUUAUGUGGGCGUACCACACCACCAAGAGAGCAGCAAGAGAGGAAACCCCGUUCAUGCUUGUCUUUGGCGCAGAAGUAGUCAUCCCAGCAGAGGUGGGGAUACCCUCUUGGCGAAGGCAAUACUUUAACGAGCAGACCAAUAGCGAGGAGCUCAGAUCAGAAAUAGACCUACUGGAAGAGAAACCGGAUCAGGCGAGUGUAAAAGUUGCUGCGUACCAGCAGAGGGUAGCAAAGUACUACAACCACCGCGUGAAAGUACGAAAUUUUCAGCCAUGA